GAACUAACAGCCACUUUAUCAGUAGACUGCUGAUCCAAUCAGUGACGGUAUAGACGAUAGACAAGGCGGUAAUGGCAUGACACCCCUCGUAGUAGCAAGGUCUUACUUAUUUUUGCAGGUGUUUCCAGGAAUAUUCAGUUUUUGCUAUUACUCCUGUCCGCGGCCGACUGACAUAGUCUGCGGGGUCGACAGUCACCUAGGGGCCAAACUGUUUCGAGGGACAUGCCUCAUGAUGCGCCUAAACCACUGCUCUUCCACCAACUACCGCCAGAUGGAUAUACUGAAGUGCCUGGAGCGGUAUCCUGAGGUGAUCCAGGAGUUCAUCUCCAUUAACGGGCUGGACAAGAGGUUUGACCGGUUCGGAGCGGUGCAUGGAUCCCGACCUCUGCCUCGCUAUCUCGUCAUUUACAAUGUGCUACUGAGGAUGGCCAUAGGGUUCAAGCCGUGGCCUGUGCCGAUAUACCCACCAUUUCCCUACCCUCAGCUGCCCUUCCCUUUCUGGCCGAUGCUUAAUCUCAACGCAUAAUUAUUAUCUCACUAAAACACCCAUACACAGAGUGUUAAAAAUGUGGAGAAUUGUAGGAGAAAAUACAUAUAUGUUCUUCUAACAAUAUGAUAUUUCGCUUUGUGUAGCGUCCAUAUAUCAUUCCACAGAAAUGGGUUACGGGAUUGUAUAUUGCAUAUUUGUAUGUCUUACUACAAUCUCACUUUUACUUGAAAAUAUCAAUCGUUUAUAGUUUAAAAUUGGAGGCCUUUAAAAUUCUUAUCUAAGAUUUUCUGGAAACCGACUAGAAGAGGAAAUAUUUUAAAAACACAUGAAAGACUACUUGUACAAAGACAAAAUUUCCUCUAAAUAGUUACGAACGUAUAAUAAUAACGGAGUAAAUGUUUGAUAACUAUUCUUGUGCAAUCUGCAUCUGUAAACUUAAGUAUAUCGAGACCUCUACUCUACUAUAAACAAAAAAUACUUGAUUUUUAUGUGUAUUUCUAUCAUUAACGUAAUAUAUUUGAUGACAAAUAAAAGUGUAGCACGAUUAGCAAUUAUUCCAUAUUUGUUAACGAAUAUCAACCUGUGUGUAAUCACAAUAGUGAUGAGUUAAAUCCUGAAUAUGUAUGACUACUGGUAAAUAUGCCAAUACCAUCGCACCAUACUAUUGCAAUACUAUUGCAUUAUUUAUCGUCCAAUUUUAACUAACCAGAUAUGUUGAACAACAAAAAUGAGUAAUAUUCUGCUACCCUGAUACUGUAACAAAUUAAAUAACAUUUCCUUCACACUAAUAAGCAGGUACCUUUGGAGACAAUGGAUUUUAGUGUGUUUAACUCCAAACUUUCCUGACCAUUUUUACCCAUCUAUUUUAUUUCUGGAUAGGCUAAACAAUUAUCUGUUGCUUCAAAGCAAUACAUCAACCAACAUACCUGUAUAGAGUCUAUAGGUGCGUGGCUUUGGAGGUAUUUUGCAUUGCAUGUACCCUGAAUGCAUUCUUCGAUUGUUAAUAAUAAGGAUUUCUUCGUUCAUUUUCCGUAAAUUUGAGCCUGAUAUUUCCUCAUCCAAUUGGUAAUUUUCUCUGCAAGAGCUGAUCGGUUGUUAUCAGAGUUUUUAGGAACUGAUAAGACAAUUAUAAAUUAUUUUGGCUUUAUUUUAAGCUUCCAUGGUUCUAAAAGGAAACGUUUAAUAACAAUAUCAAUGGUUUUAAUACUCUUCUAAAAGGAAUGAAGUACAAGGAAAGAUCCUUGCUCAGAAGAAUAAUAGGCGGAAAUGGACUCUCGGGAAAUUGAGUUUGACAUGUAUGGAGGAAGCAAUCCUCCAUGGACAAGUCUUCAAUGUUAUAAUCAGCACCUUUUAUGACGCCAUUCCUGGGCAUAGUGCGACAAUAUUCAAUAAUGUCUUAUAUAUUCUUUAUUAUUAAAAAUCAUUGAGGUAGUAUAACAGGACACUGUUGUCAAUCAGAAGGUGGGUGUGUUGGAUAUAUGGCAUGAACCUGCGGAUAUAUCAUUUACCUCAUCGUCUAGGGGCUUUGUAGAUCCUCUAUGAAUUUGUCCUCAUCACACCAUUUCCAACAAUAUUAAUAAUUGGUUGAGGUACUAAACACAUGGGUUCCUGCCUGUUGUUGGUUGCCAAAUUGAGUUAGUAAAACUACUACAGGCUGGAGCACAGGCUUUUUAUAUUCACUAAGAAGUAUGGAGACAAACCACGGGCCUGAGUGGAUGUAGAUUACCAGUUAAGAUCUUUUACUGACUUUCGACUAGGAUUACUUAUUUUGCAAGUCCUAAAAUAAGAAGUUGAGAUGGGAAUAUACAUAUAUUCAAAAGUUAAACAGUCUUAAAAAAGAGUUAAGAGAGAGAAAUUGACAGAUACGAAGAGAAGUAGGUUUUAAUCAAUGAUAUUUAUGGUGUUGAAAAGAUCAGAAAAAUCUUUAUUUUGAUUGUAAUAGCAUAUUCUAAGUGUAAUAGUAUAAGAGCAAUUUCUUGUCCUGCCAUCUAGUAGUAGUUUAAUUCAUAUUGUGGAGGCAUCAGUUGUCCUUCCUGUUGGACUCAGUGACUUUUAAGCAGAUUUGGGAUAUUUGUGCACGCUUACUCCGCACAAUAAGGAAUGUAAAGUUUACUUUUAUAGUAUGUGUCUAUAAAAAAUAUACUUUCAAAUAAUUAACAAAUUGACCUUUCCAAAUGAGACAUCAUUGAAUUUUUUAAACUGCUAUGGCAAUGGUUGGCCCUCAUGCCUCUGCCCUGCCUUAUUAAGGUUUGCUGAAUAAAUUCUGCAUUUUUAUUACUACAUAAUACUAAACUGCAUUAGAAUUUAAUAUGUGGUAUUAAACUCUACUAUUCACGCUUAAAGCAAAUUAUUAAUGUUUUGCACUCCAAUAAUCUGUGCUGAAUCUUGAAUUGUGCAAUAGAUUACAGAUUACUCAUUACACGAUAAUAGCCGAAUGAAAGCUUGUUUCUAUCUUACAACAUCCACACAUUUCACAAGAUUUCCGUGGAAACUGCGUGUUUACGUUGACAAGACAAUGUCUGUCAAUGCGGCAAUUGCGUAACCGGUGAAGAGGUCUCUUAAGACUAUGCUUACCAGUUGUGCUGGGGUUUUCUCUAAAGAGAUGUUUCCUAUAUCCUUGUUUGUCACUGCUGCGCGAGGUACAACCUCUGUGCGGGGUGGAAACAUCGGGUAAUGUCAGGGUCUUCCGCAACCCCUGCCUUCUGCGUAAGUCUAACUGGUGUCUUCACACACGUGAGUAUUUGGGAAUUUGAGGCGAUGAACCUGCCCGAGUGUUUCAAAAAGUAUCCCUACGCACUCAAUGACUACGUUCCCGGGUUAUAUCGCCUUCACCUGUAGCCACUGGUACAAUGUAAGGCAUAUAAUUAGAUAACAAUGAAGAUAUGAUACGAUAUGAUAUGAUUUCAUGUUUCUUACCAUAAUAUCAUAUUUAUGUACUUAUAUAUAAAUUUGCGUUUUAUUAUCAUUAAUGAUAGAUUGAUAAUAAGCAAUUUUAUCACAACACGCUGAACUUUAUUGAUAUAGUAACUUAUUUGAAUUUACAGUGAGCAAUAAACAAAAGUAUACAGUACAA